GACUUGGAUUGUCUGUCUAAUAAACAAACAUGAGUCAUCUGAAGUUGUUUGCGGCUUCGCUGAGGAGGCAUGGAUUUAAACUUCUGGAAAAACAGGAUAUAACGAGAAGGGCAUUUUUACAUGGCCAACGGUAUGUUUCAUCAGGAGCCUCGGAGCCAUUCUUGAGUGGGAGUAAUUCCAAUUAUGUGGAGGAAAUGUACUAUGCAUGGCUUGAAAACCCUAAAAGCGUACAUAAGUCCUGGGAUGCAUUUUUCCGAAAUGCUAAUGUUGGCCAAGCACAUGAUCUACCAGCUCAGCUGGAAGGAAAAGCAUCAUAUCUUCAGAGCCAUGGCCUGGCCCCAAGAGCAGGGAAAGCUGAAAAGGUUGUUGAAGAUCACCUUGCUGUGCAGUCGUUGAUAAGAGCAUACCAAAUCCGUGGCCAUCAUGUGGCUCAGCUUGAUCCCCUUGGAAUUCUGGAUGCAGACUUGGAUUCAUUUAUUCCAUCUGACCUUAUUACCACAAUGGAUAAACUUGGGUUUUAUGGUUUGCAUGAAUCAGAUUUGGACAAAGUCUUCCAGCUGCCAACAACCACCUUCAUAGGAGGAAAUGAGAACAGUCUUUCUUUACGAGAGAUCAUCAAACGCCURGAGCAUACGUACUGCCAGCACAUUGGUCUGGAGUACAUGUUCAUCAAUGAUGUGGAGCAGUGCCARUGGAUCCGGCAGAAGUUUGAGUCGCCGGGAGUUAUGAAGUUCACUAAUGAGGAAAAAAGGACUCUGCUGGCAAGGCUGGUGCGCUCCAUGAGAUUUGAAGACUUCCUUGCUCGUAAGUGGUCUUCUGAAAAGAGAUUYGGUUUGGAAGGAUGUGAAGUAAUGAUUCCAGCACUUAAGACCAUCAUUGAUAAAUCCAGUGAAAUGGGAAUUGAAUAUGUUAUMAUGGGAAUGCCUCAUAGAGGYCGGCUGAAUGUAUUGGCUAAUGUAAUCCGCAAAGAGCUGGAGCAGAUCUUCUGUCAGUUUGAUCCCAAACUUGAAGCAGCUGACGAGGGAUCUGGGGAUGUAAAAUAUCAUCUGGGAAUGUACCAUGAGAGGAUCAACCGAAGAACAAACAAGAAAAUCACUCUGUCCCUGAUGGCUAACCCUUCUCACUUGGAAGCAGUYGAUCCUGUUGUGCAAGGGAAAACAAAAGCUGAGCAGUUUUAUCGAGGGGAUACAGCAGGGAAAAAGGUUAUGUCCAUAUUAUUACAUGGGGAUGCUGCCUUUGCAGGACAAGGAGUAGUUUAUGAGACAUUUCACCUUAGUGACCUCCCAUCCUACACCACAAAUGGCACUAUUCACGUUGUUGUCAACAACCAGAUUGGCUUCACCACAGAYCCCCGUAUGGCCCGUUCAUCUCCAUAUCCCACUGAUGUUGCUCGUGUGGUCAAUGCUCCCAUUUUCCACGUGAAUGCUGAUGACCCUGAAGCAGUGAUGUAYGUGUGCAGUGUGGCUGCAGAGUGGCGAAACACUUUCAAUAAAGAUGUGGUGGUUGACUUGGUUUGUUACCGUAGGAGAGGGCACAAUGAAAUGGAUGAGCCCAUGUUCACCCAACCUCUGAUGUACAAGCAGAUCCAUAAGCAGGUGCCAGUGCUGAAGAAAUACGCUGACAAACUGAUUGCAGAUGGGACUGUGACACUGCAGGAGUUUGAGGAAGAAAUUGCAAAGUAUGAUAGAAUAUGCGAAGAAGCUUAUACUAGAUCUAAGGAUAAUAAGAUCCUUCAUAUCAAGCACUGGCUUGAUUCACCUUGGCCUGGUUUCUUUACCGUGGAUGGAGAACCCAAGAGCAUGUCUUGCCCUCCGACGGGCAUUUCGGAAGAGCUGCUGACUCACAUUGGCAACGUUGCAAGUUCAGUGCCAGUCCAAGACUUCAAAAUACACUCAGGACUCUCUCGGAUUUUGAAAGGCCGCUCRGAAAUGACCAAGAACAGGGUUGUUGACUGGGCCUUGGCAGAAUACAUGGCUUUUGGCUCUGUUCUGAAAGAAGGGAUCCAUGUCCGACURAGUGGGCAGGAUGUGGAGAGAGGUACUUUCAGCCAUCGUCACCAUGUGCUUCAUGACCAAGAAGUUGAUAAGAGAACUUGUGUUCCCAUGAAUCACCUSUGGGAGCAGCAGGCUCCCUAUACCGUGUGCAACAGCUCCCUGUCUGAGUACGGGGUCCUAGGUUUUGAACUUGGCUUCGCUAUGGCGAGUCCCAAUGCCCUGGUGUGCUGGGAAGCCCAGUUUGGGGAUUUUCACAACACAGCUCAGUGUAUAAUAGACCAGUUCAUCAGCUCCGGCCAGGCCAAGUGGGUUCGUCACAACGGGAUCGUCCUGCUCCUGCCCCACGGCAUGGAAGGAAUGGGUCCAGAGCAUUCAUCAGCCAGGCCUGAGAGGUUUCUGCAGAUGAGCAAUGAUGAUUCUGAUGCCUAUCCAGAGUUCAGUGAGCAGUUUGAAGUUUCCCAGCUGUAUGAAUGCAACUGGAUUGUGGUGAAUUGUUCAACUCCAGCCAAUUACUUUCAUGUCCUCCGAAGGCAGAUCUUGCUGCCAUUCAGAAAGCCGCUGAUUGUUUUGACACCCAAGUCACUGCUGAGGCAUCCAGAAGCUAAAUCCAGUUUUGAUGAAAUGGUGACUGGYACUACUUUCCAACGUGUGAUUCCUGAGAAUGGGCCAGCAGCUCAGGCACCACAGGAGGUCAAGCGAGUGAUUUUCUGCACAGGCAAAGUGUACUAUGAUCUUGUGAAAGAGAGAAGGAACCAAGACCUGGAGAAACAAGUAGCUAUAACMAGACUUGAGCAGAUUUCACCAUUCCCCUUUGACUUGCUAAAAGAAGAACUUGACAAGUAUCCCACUGCAGAUCUAGUUUGGUGUCAGGAGGAGCACAAAAACAGUGGAUAUUAUGAUUAUGUCAAACCUCGUUUCCGCACUAUUGUGAACCACACUCGACCUAUCUGGUAUGUUGGCCGAGAGCCUGCUGCUGCAGCUGCCACAGGCAACAAGAACAUGCAUCUGGUGUCGCUCAGAAGGUUCUUGGAUACAGCUUUCAACCUGGAGGCCUUUGAGGGAAAGACAUUCUAACUGCAGGGCACUGACCUGKAUCUGACUGAUAGUCUCUCGAAACACUGCUUUCAAAAGGAAAGUGGGGAGAAUACUGAAAAUUGUGUAUUUUUGCUUUACCAAACAAAAGGAUCCAGCAGCUGACUUCAUUACUCUGUACCUUGCUCCCCAGUUUAUAAAGAAAAAACAAUUCCAACUUASCUUCUACAAUUUUUUGUCAGUUAUCUAUUCUAAUUAGGACCUCUUUGACACAAGAAGCUUCUCCUAUCCCAGGAUGCAAUGUCUGGCUUGGUGAGGCUUAUAUCUCAGUCUGUGGACACUGUCUAAUUACUGUAAGUAGAGCAGGCAUGGACAGCRUGAUAGUUAUGUACACAAGAACCAUUACAAGGAAAAUAAAUUACUUAUUUCUGUUUGUGUAUCAGAGGACUGAAAUUGAAAAACAGAGUUUGUAGAUGACUUUGGUAGAGAAAUGUACGAGCUGGAAGGAGAUGGUGAGAUUCUCUGCUUUGUCCAGUGCUAUUCCCUACCUCAUAUCUCCUUGCUGAUAGUAAUUAAACUSUGGAGUGGUUAUUGCUGAUUUACUCACCCUUUUUAUAGAGGAAGGUGGGCAAGCAACAGCUGCUGAUUUACCAAAGGCAUGUGCUGUGGUUUUGCACAAGUAUUAAUGGAUUUUUUUGGCAGCACUGUUUAUGUUUAUUUGUCAAUUAGGRUAUCAAUUGCCAUGUAUUGGGAUGGUAUGGACAUAAAAGUGAACCACCUCAAGAGCUGCUCUGUAUCAGGGGGUGAUGUACAGCCAGUGCUGGAGGGGAGGGAGCAGCACGGGCUGUUUCUCUUCCCAGGAGGUGCUUUGCUUCCUGGGAGGCAGGGUGGUCCAAGAACCAUUGCUUGAGCUUCCUCCACAGUGCUGGAAGACAGGUGAGCCCUGCUUUCCUCUCCCCCCUUGACUUAAGAAACAGUAUUGUCAGAAGUCAUGUUCCCUCUGCCUGGAGGGUUUGGCUGGGUGUGCUGAGCAGCCCCAUGGAGACAGCAUAACAAGUGACUGGAAAAUACGAAGAUGAGACUUCCUUGUCCUGAGCAUGCUCCUUGGACAUGCUUUUGCUCUGGGAGCACAUUUGUCCUGCUGCUCUAUGGACUGUGACAUAACAAAGCAUGGCAGUUUAUGUCUGAUUCAAAGAGUUGGGUGAUGCUGGAAAGCUUCUUGUCUCAUAAAAAUAAAAAGCUCUAUUAAAAACAUUUAGCUAUGAUCAGGUAUUACGUACCCAGGCAGGUUACCAAAAAGGCCUGUGUGCCUUAUGCUGCCCUUUUAUUUGGUUUGGAUACACCAUGAUGGUGAAAAAACAUCCUUCUGUCAGAGCACAGAAUUGAUGCAGUAAGGUACAACCAUGGCAUCCAGAACUGAACUUAGUCUAAUGCGUGAGAAACUCUGUAGCUUUCGUUUAAAUCAGGCUGGUUGCCCUGGGCUUUUUCUCUCACUGAAGCAUUUAAGCUAAUUUAGUGUUUUGAAACCUAAUGAACUUGCCAAGUACUGCAGUUGACAGCCACAAAUGUUGUCUCCUAUCCCUUUCUAUAGUUCAAAACAUUAAGCUGAUAGACAGUAACCAUCACCCAAAGUAUUUUAAUGCUUUUAUGAAUGCUUGUUUCUGUAGCAAGAAUUGAGUGCAGCUAAAUAUUACUGUCUCUAUUGUAUUCUCAGUUUGCAUAAGGCUGUCAGUGCUGCAUGAAAUAUGAUAAAUGCACUUAUGCCACAGUAAAUGCAGAGGUAAAAAACAAAAUUAACAUAGAAAUAUACAUGGUAAAUGACAGAUUUCCACUCUCAUUGUGUAUYAUAAAUUGUGGCAUAAUAGUUGCAUAAAAAUUCCAUCAAAGAUGUAAAAAAACCCCAAUAAAAUAAAAGUACAUAAGAAGAAAAUUCUCCGUUAUGGCUGCUCUGUUUGACAGUUUCUCCGUUGAGUCAGGACAUUAACAUCCCACUUGCAAGAGUGCUAAGGCAGCUCAUUUUUCUGUUUUCUGUUUGUUUCCUCAGUGGUGGCUUAUUUAAAUAUAGAAGCAGUGAGGGACACAGCAUCUGAACUAGAAAAAGAUAAUUAUUCAAAACCAUUGAGUUAAAAUUGGCARUAACACUGAGGUUACAUUAGAACAUUUUGUUUUAUUUCUAAUUUUUUUUAAGUAACAGGUGAAUGCAUUUUUAUUUCAAUGAGARUUUUUAAAAUACUAGAACUAGCCUGGAAUUGUCAUCUGUAAUUUCUAAACRUUGUAACUCAUUUCUCUAAACAUGUUGUGUCCUCAGCUUUGACAU